CAUAUAUAUUAUUCCAACAAGGAGAAAAAGACCCAUAAUAAGUUUUUUCCCGGCAGACUUUUUAACUAAAGUUUUUCUUAAAAACAGUAAAAGUAAGAAGCUUGAAAAGCAAAAUUAAAAAAUAAAAAAAAUAAAAGAAAAAGUUGACUCGCCAUUCGCUGACUCCAGCCAUACAACACAAAAACAUAAACACACGACCUCCUGUAAACAAACCUUAACCAAAUGCUAUUGCUAUCAAUAAAACACCCUUCUUCGCUAACCAGAUAAAACCACCUGUACAUAGUUACUAUGCCUGUCUUAACUCUCUUCUUCUUUCUUUCCUUUCUCAAAAUAUGUCUUACACUUCAAUUCUGCGAGGAUUUCUGUAGUCCUAUCAGCCCGGAGGUUCGAUUCCCUUUCGGGCUUGACGGCGAUGGAUGCGGCUACCCAGGUUUCAAUCUUUCCUGCAAUGAAAGAGGCCAAACAAUCCUUAAUCUCCCUCGCUCCGGCAACUUCAUCGUCCAAUCCAUCGAUUAUCAAAUUCAAGAGAUUCGCAUUACAGACCCUGGAAACUGCUUCGCAGAGCGCCUCCUCCACAAUUUUAGUCUCUCGGGAUCACCUUUCAGUACGGAGCUUAAUGGCGCCUUCUCGUUUCUUAAUUGUUCAUCGAAUUUUUCCAUCUCCGCAUCCUUACCUUCUUCCGCAAGGCGGAUUAAUUGUCUUAGCAAUGAUAACUUCACGGUUGUGGCCAUGCCUACUGGUUUACAUGGAUACUUGCCGCCGAUACCUUCAUGUAUAGUGAUGGAGAACAUGGUCGACGUUCCGGUCUUUUGGCCUCGCUAUCCCGAAGGAGAUUCCUCGUUGAUAUGGACUACACCGGAUUGUGGUGGAUGCAAAUUGAACGGUGGGACUUGUGGGUUCAAAGAUGCUGGGAGUCUUGAUAUUGGAUGCUUUGAUCUACCAAGCAAUGACCGUGGUCUCCCAAGGAGCGCAAAAUAUGGCAUAAUAAUAGGGGUUGGAAUACCAGCACUUAUGUGCAUAAUUGGACUUGGUUGUUACUUAUGUGGCAGAGUGAGGAAUUAUAGCCGGAGCCACCAGUCGAGCUCAGAAGUCACCAUCGCAUUGGCGAACCCACCAAGCAUUUUGAUAGGUGGACUGGACGGACCAACCAUAGAAUCAUACCCUAAAACUUUACUGGGCGAAAGUCGACGAUUGCCUAAGCCUAAUGACAGCACUUGCCCGAUAUGUUUAUCUGAGUAUCAACCUAAGGAGACAUUAAGGACUAUACCUGAAUGCAACCAUUAUUUCCAUGCUGAUUGUAUCGAUGAAUGGCUUAAAAUGAAUCCGACAUGUCCUCUGUGUCGAAAUUCACCGGAGGUUUCCUCCACAGCUACUACCCCUUCUUUGCCAUCAUCUGCUUCUUCGUCUUCAUUAUCUGCAAGAAGAUAGAUGAACACCAUUGCUGCAGUUUGUUUUAUAUGUGGUAUUUUAAAUUUAUAAUUUGUUCAUGUGAAUAUGAAUUUACAGUUGGUGAUGAUGUGUCUGAUUGGAUUUUUGGUAUGUUUUUACAUGGAAUUGGAAUACCACUAAAUUUUGAUCAAA